UUUUCCAAGUCAGUCAGAAUUCAGAAACUCAGGGGAGAGAGAGAGAGGGAAAAUGUUGAGGAGAAGGUUAAUUUCUGCGCUUAUGAAAUCUUCUCCAACAGCCCAAUAUUCGAGUUUUUCAAAUUCCGUGGAGAAAGGAAAGAGCAAGAGUGUGGGUCGAAAAGUAGUGUCGAUUGCGUUGAUUAGUAUAACUGGCGGUGUUGCUUUGAGUGCUCUCGAUGAUCUUGCAAUAUAUCAUGGGUGUAGCAGCAAGGCCAUGGAGAAAGCAAGUAAGAACAAGACAAUUAUAGAUGCUCUUGGCGAGCCUAUUGUGAAGGGCCCAUGGUAUAAUGCAUCACUUGCAGUAGCUCACAGGAGGCACUCUGUAUCUUGCACAUUUCCUGUUUCUGGACCACAAGGAACUGGUGUUCUUCAGUUGAAAGCUGUUCGGAAUGGAGAUGAUUCAUGGUUCUCAAUUUUACGUUCCCGAGAUUGGGACAUUCUAAUUAUGGAAGCUCUCCUCCAUGUUCCUGGAAAUGAAGAAAAGCAGCAGACAUUUCGAGUUAGUGUUUUGGACAACAUUCCACCUCCUCCUUUCAAGGAAUGCACUAGUUGCAAGGCCCAAGAAUCAGAGCAAAGGUGAAAUAUUGUUUCUGGUUGGGCAUUUUCCCCUUUUCCUUCACUACAGACAACAAACUGUGAGAGCAUUACCAUAAACAGAGGCACCAUUUUUGGGCAAAGCAUGCCUUAAGAUUUCAAGGAGUUGUGUUAAGCUUAUCCAUGGAAUAAAUUUUUGAAUGUUGUGAAAUCAGAGAAAUAGUAAAAUAGAAUUUGAGUUCCUUGGACGAAUGUGAAGGCUCUAGUUAUUAUAAUAGCCUUGUAGGAUGCCCAAUAAAAAAAAGUAAUGCUCUGCGGCAACAUUUCUGCAGAUUUGCAGUAAGAAAUGCUAGAAACAUUCUAUUGUAAUGUCACCAAGCGUCACCUAAAUGUCUAAAAAUUGGCCCCCAUUUUUAUA